GUAAUGCCGUAUGCCGUCAGCAGGAACCAGCAAAACGGUGGGUCCCUUUGGAGUACAGUACAAUACAGUCCGCCAUUCAUUCCUGCCGUGACGCUACGCAGUACCCCUCCACAUCCGGUCGAAUUGUUCGGGGCUCGUGGGGCCUCGUGGUUUCCAGGUUUGUCCAGUUACGUAGUCCAAGUUACCUUCGCUCCUUCCUCAUCCUCGUCAUUACCUCUUUCCAACCUCUGCGUUGCUCUUGCGGUUGCACAUAAGAACAUCAACUUUUCCCUUUCCUAAAUUCUUUUUUUUCUUUCUUCACUUUUCCUUUUCUACUUAACUCAUCAACCUUGAUUAAUCACACCACUUUCUACUUCAGUGUUUCUAAAACUUUAGAAGCAUAACGAACUUCACCAAUUCCUACAAGUUCUAUCAUCCACACUAACUCUAACAACAAUCACAUUAUCUUCCUUUCUACUUAUAUCACCUCUACCCUCUACCUACACCAAUUCACAAUGGGUAAAAAGGCAGUCCACUUCGGCUCCGGCAACAUUGGCCGAGGCUUUGUCGCAUGCUUCCUACAUGAGUCAGGCUACGAAGUCGUCUUUGCCGACGUUGUCGACAAGCUCGUAGACGCUCUAAACUCGACCCCUUCGUACAAGGUUAUCGAGCGUGGAGUUGAGGGCACAGAUGUCAAGACAAUUACCAACUACCGAGCCAUCAACUCUAAGCACAACGAAGCUGAGCUUAUUGACGAGAUCGCAACUGCCGACGUUGUCACUUGCUCUGUCGGCCCUAACAUCCUCAAGUUCAUCGCUCCCGUCAUUGCCAAGGGUAUCGACAAGCGCUCGGCCGAACUCAAGCCUUUAGCCGUUAUUGCUUGCGAGAACAUGAUCGGUGCCACCGACGCCCUCGCCGGCUACAUAAAGGACCCCAAGAACACCCCCGAGCACCGCCUCGAAGACCACCACGAGCGAGCUGCCUACGCUAACUCUGCUAUCGACCGUAUCGUUCCCGCCCAAGACCCCAACUCGGGCUUGGACGUGACUUUGGAGAAGUUCUACGAGUGGGUCGUCGAGAAGACUCCCUUCCAACAUGGCGAGAAGCCGUCCAUAGAGGGUAUCAAGUGGGUAGACAACCUACUUCCCUUCAUCGAGCGUAAGCUCUUUACCGUCAACACAUCCCACGCCACUGCCGCCUACUUCGGCUACAACAGGCAGAAGCAGACCGUCGACGAUGCCAUGCGAGACAAGGACAUUAGGAGUCAGGUUGCCGCUGCCCUCGACGAGACCGCUAAGCUUAUUGUUGAAAAGCAUGGCAUCGCUCCCGAGGAGCAGGAGGCUUACAGGAACAAGAUCCUCGACCGAAUCAGCAACCCUCACCUAGCUGAUGCUGUUGAGCGUGUCGGUCGCGCUCCCAUCCGAAAGCUUGGCCGCAAGGAGCGUUUCAUCGGUCCCGCCGCUGAAUUGGCUGAAAUGGGUCAUGACACCCCGGCCCUACUAGCUGCUGCCGAAAUGGCGUUCCGCUUCCAGAACGUUGAGGGCGACGACGAGAGCAAGGAGCUUGCUAAGAUCAUGGCAGAGAACGGCCCCGAGGAGGUAGUCCACAAGAUUUGCGGUCUGCAGAAAUCUGAAAAGCUGUACCCCAAGGUGGUUGAGAUUGUCCAGAAGGUCCAGGCGGACAGCCAGGAUUAAACAUCUGGGCGAUAUCUCCCCUUUCCAGCUACUCUUUGCCUUCUAUGUUCUAUUUCCGCAUUUGCAUUUCAGAUUAAUUUCACAGCAUGGGAGCGAUUGUUACGUCUAGGGCAAUGACAGGGGAUAAAGGCGUUCAUGUAUGAUGAUACCAGAAAGGAAAUAUAAGGGAACGCAGGACGCAGGACGCAGGACGCAUUACGACGACUUAGAUCACGUCAAGCAGCAUUAAAAAGUCUGCAUCAAUUGCGUUGCGUUCUCGCUAGGUAUUGGUCAUUCCUGUUGAGUUGAGACGAGGUUGACGACAGGAGCAGAUUGACUUUCUAAUAAGAAUUAUUAUGACCAAGCUGAACUAUUUUUCCUUCUUGAGUGAUUUAGGAUUUGUAGAUGGAUUCGUAAAAGUGAUGCGUAGAAUUAUAUGUGCGAAGUGUUCAUAUGUAUCUGGUCCUAGUAGUUAUUACCUAGUAUGAUCAUUAUACCUCAGGUACCUAGAACAGC